AAAUAACUUUAAAAAAUGUUAUCUUUCAUAAACUUACUGUUUAAAGGUGAAGAUAUUGACGGAAAUGCAUUUUUGCAAAUGAACUCUGUUUUGUUUCAUUGUAUUGGAAUAAAAAUGGGUCAAGCUAUAAAGCUUCAGUCUAUCAUUGCAGCAGAAAAGGAACAAUCCACAGAUUUUGUGCAGACAGAGUGUUUACAAACUGAUUUCACUGUUGAAAAUAAUCUUGUUUCACCUAAUCAGACUAGUUCUAGUACUAGUUUAUCAACUUCCAAUCCCUUUUCAGAUUCAACACAUUCACGUGAUAGCGAUGUUCUUCAUACUCCAUAUCCAGUACUUAGAAUAGACAAUAUCAAAUUUAAUGUUCGAAAACUGCUUGAUGAGCAUCAGACAGGUAAACGUGUCAGUGUUGAAUAUGAGACAACUGGAAUGUUAAUAAAGUACAGAUUUGAAAUGGUUCAUAUCCUUGUUAACAUUAUGGUAAAUAAAGUUGGAAACAUGUAUCCAUCAAGAGCAACAAAAACAAAUCUUGCUAUGUCAAUUAUUAAUGCUUUUCCUAAACUGCACUCUGGUGGACCUCUAGGAUAUGAAAAUUACUAUUGCGCUUAUAAGGAAGUUGAAGUAAAUGGCAAAAAAAAGAAAAUAACUCCUCAUGGACAUAUCGAGGAGCGGCUGAAAACAAUUAGGAAGUUUGAUGGUGUCCAUGCCCAAGCUACACGAAAACGAAAAUCCGUUUCUCAAACGACUUUUGAUGUUGCAGUUCCUUUUUCAAAUGAAGAACAAAACAUUAUAAGUGAGUUGUCAUUUGAUGACAUUCAGUAUGAUCGAAAACAAUAUAUUCUUGAAAAAACUAGAGUAUUGCAAAGAAACUGGAUUCUGUCAUCAAAACCACCUUUUCAUGAAUUUAUUCGGAAAUUUCCCCCAUUUAAAGAUUUAGGAUUUGAUUUUCAAAGAGAGAUUACAGCAACAUUUGAAAAUGCUAAAGAUUUGCUUACGCAAUGGGAGGAUAUGGCUCCUCAUGUUAUUACUUGGGCUCGUAGAAAGGAGAAUCCGAUGGCGAAGCAACUACUUUUAGAGCUUGACAGCCAGCUAAUACCUGCAAAUGAUCGAUAUAUGGAGUUUGCAUUUCACUUGCUUCCAUACAUUCUUCAAGUGCCUCCUAGAAAUAAGGAUCGACCGUCUACAGCUGAAGUUGCAGCUCACUUUAUUCAAAUCUUUCCUGAAACUACAGCUAUGGAGACGAUAAUUGAUGCAAAUAGACAUACCUCUUUCAUGCAUCCAUUUGUUAUUGCACUAGGGGCUCGAGGCAAUUUAAUUCAGUCGUUUAUUUUUAUAGAAGACAAUGUUAUUCUAUUAGAAAUGGCAUGUUAAGUGCAGUCGACCGUUUGCUGAAACUAUAUUUUGUAAUCGAUAUUAAAUAUGCGAAAGAGUGCAAACAUGUUUUACAUUUUUUGCAAUGUGUAGUUAUGGGUAUUCAUGACGAUUUGCCGUUGUCAAGAGGAGGCAGUGAUCUUUCGUUGUUUGUUAAUGAAAAAUUAAGGAGUGGAUAAACUUUUAAAUGUUUUUAUUUUAAAGGGUACGAAAAUAUACUAUAUAUCAAGAAAAUAUCACGUACUUUAUAAACAAUCAUGUUUGUAAUUCUGUUGAAACUUAUAAUAUAAAUUAUAAAAUUGUUUAAUUGAAUAAACAU